UUUAGACCAUUGCCCACAUUUUGUUUGUUGAAUAUAACUCGGCAGAUAAGCAAAUGAGGUCAGUGACAGACAUGCUUCACAGGCCCAAAGCCUUCUCUGCCUGGAGAAAUGAGUUGGCACCACUGUAUUGCUGUAACAAUAUUCUUAUAAUUCCUUAUUCUGGAAGAAAUGCGCACAGUCGCACUGCUGACUUAUGGUUCUGUCAGCAUCGUUCAGGAGGCAGAAAUCCUGGCCCAGAUAAUACUAAUAUUACCGCGUAACAUCACCGCCAGUAUCAGCCGAUCUACGAAUAAGCGACAAACUAGGCAGCAACGGUUUCGCUGUUGCCUUAUUUGCGCAGAAGGUGGUCGUAAACGCUGCCCUCCCGUGCGGGGCAGCAGCCGGAGGUCGCCGCCUGGCACCGGAGGAGCCCCGGCCCGGGCGGGCAUAUGCUGGGUGGUGGGACCGCCCGCCGCCACGGAGGCGCCGGCCCUCGGCCCUGUCCGGCGCGGCCGCAGGCGCCCGCGGAAGGGGAGGUGCGCGGCGCCGUCACCCGCGGGGCCGGGAGGGCGGGGGGGCCGGCGCCGGGCGGCAGGCGGGCGGAGCGGGGGAGUCUCCCCGGGCAGGGCGGAGCGGAGUCCGCCCCGGCGUGUCAGAGCAGCUCCUCCGGGCCGGGAGGCGAUCGCCAUGGAAACCCAAGCCCCGGUCCCGCCCCUGCCCUCCGGGAGCGCGGCGGCGGGGCGUGGGUGCCGCCAGGAGCCCGGCCGGAGCCGCGGCUGGGAGGGAACGGCCGCCGCGGUGGCUCCCCCGCCGGACGCCGCCAGGUUUUGCAGGAAGUGCUUCUUGACAGCUAUCAGAGAAAGUGGAACACACUGUCCUCUCUGCCGGGGGAGCGUGACUAAAAAAGAAAGAACCUAUCCCAAAAGGGCUCUAGAUGUUGAAAACAGUAUGAAGAAAGCUUCUGGGGGCUGUAGAUGCUGUGAGAAGCAGGUUAGAUUUUCGUGGAUGAGACAGCAUUAUAAAACGUGUAAGAAGUAUCAGGAUGAAUAUGGUGUUUCUUCUAUUAUUCCAAACUUACAGAUUUCUCAAGAUUCAACAGGGAACAGCAGAAGUGAUGCAAUAUCUGAUAAUGGCGAGAUGUCUAGUAAUCAAAUACUUCAAGGAGAAACAAGUGGACACCCAACCUUCAAAUGCCCCUUGUGUCAGGAAGCCAAUUUUACCAGACAACGCUUGCUGGAUCACUGUAAUAAUAGACAUCUUUAUCAGAUAGUUCCUGUAAUUUGUCCUAUUUGUGUAUCUCUUCCUUGGGCAGAUACUAACCAGGUUACUAGAAAUCUUGUUAGCCAUCUAAAUCUAAGACACCGGUUUGACUACGGAGAAUUUGUGAAUCUUCAGCUUGAUGAAGAAGCCCAAUACCAAAAUGCGGUUCAAGAAUCCUGUCAUGUGAACUUUUAAAGUAUAGCCCCCCGUCAUCUUACUAAUUAUCUGAGAGAAAAAUUACAUUAAUUCUGUUACUGAUCUGAAGUGUAUAUUAAUAAAAAUGCUAUUCAGUAACCAUUUUUCAGGCUUAAUUUUUUUGUGUGUUCAUAAGGACUUUUCAUAAAUGAUUUUGCUGAAACUUAAGCUUGACAUCUUUGCUGAGAUCUGGCCCUGUGUAAUUAGGGACCUUUUUGGAACCGCUCGCUGUUGUCUUAUUUUCUCUAACUUUUACUACUGUGCUAAUUACAUGGCUUCUUUUAUAAUGUCAGGUAUUUUAAUUCACCAAAACCAACUUUGAAAGUAUCUUUAGAAAGACAUGCAGAGGUGCUCUGUUGCACUGAGUUUAAGUUCAGUUGUCAUCUGCUAAGCUAUCUAUGAGAUGAAAGUUUUUUCCUCCUGCCCAAGAGCAAAGUUUUGUUUGAUGUUGUGAUUUGUUUUUUACUGUUAUAAUGUGAAUGAAAAUAACAACAACUUCAGAAAUAAAAAUAUUUGUUUUCUAUAGAUCAACAAUGCAGAGCAGGUUUUUUUUUCCACCUUUCACUGAGAAAGAAUGAUGCCAUUGCCUGGGAAUAAUUAUAUCUAUUUUUUUCCCCUUUUGGAGCAUAACUGAGAAAGGAUACUUCCUUCCUGAAGUGAUGGGUCAGGAGUUUCCCCUGUACUCCCAACUAUAAGGAAGAUGACGUACUUUGUGAGAAAUUCAAGAUGACAUGCAAAAGAUACACUUUUUGGGUAUAUGACUGCGACCAGCUAGUUUUUCAUUUUGUUAGAACUUUUUACAAACUUCUGUUGCUGUAUUUGGAAUUCAAGUUUUGGUCCUGCCUUUCAUGGAAGGCUGUGUAACUAGAGAACUAACUGGCUUCAGACCUACCAACGCUCAUAAAUUAACUUGUUUAUUUUGGUAAGACUGUUUAAAACUUGGUCAUCUCCUGUAUCCAAAGGCUUGAAAGAACAGUUGAGAAGAAAAACUUGCUCUAACAUAUUUUAAGAGUUCCUAUUCUAGAUUUCCACAUUCCCAGCAAGACUGUCAUUAAAAUCAGAAAACAGCAAUAAUGCAAUUUUGAAUUUAAAUGGAAAAUCCAUCUGUAAAAGAACUUCGAGGUAUUUUAUUUAAUACUAAUGGGGAGAAGGGGAAAGCAAGCUGCACAGCUUACAUUUUGGAGUUUUAAAUAGAGACUGUUCUGAGUAUCUAUUGGGACUGACUUUUCAUCCUGUGUCACCAUCAGCUGUUGUCAAGCCUUACUUUAUGGGUAUUGUAUAUGUGGUGGAAGACAUCCCCAGUAAUUUUCCUACUCUAGUUGGUGAUUUCUGUGUAAUAAUAUCAGUUGUGCAGCCAAAGUACAGUAUGCUUCUUGUGCCCUGGCUCCCAUUUGCUCUCCAAAUAGGGGUUUUGAUUAUUCUUUAAAUACUGGGCUAUUUCAUAUUCCAAAACUGGUAAGAUUGAAAUGCCUCACUCUGCAAUGUAAUUGAUUUCAGAACUGAAUCUUGGUUCUAGCCUGUUGAGUGUUGGAACUAAAACAAUAUACACUGUAACUUAACGUUACUACCUUAUAUUUUUUAAGAGUGUAAAACAUUACUGAAGUCAUAGCUGGCUAACAUACAGAGAGAGUUGGCUAUUUCAGAAACGUCUGGAGGUUAUAUCGUUUUUAUAACAGCUUAACAUGUCUUGCAUUUUGUUACUGACUUAAUGCAGUAUUUUGACAGCGGGCCAUGCUUUGAUCUUGUACUCCAACUUGCCUGUUUGCCCCCCAUACUCUUGUCUGCAUAUUCUCACUUGUCUCUCAGCUCUAGUACUUGUGUGACCACAUGCUGAUUUGGAGUGGUUCACUGACCCAACUGAAAGUUGUUUGGAUUUUUACUUUCUCUCUUGCUCUAUAAAGCCAGCUAUGAAAUAGUGCCCUUAGACAGAAAGGAAUUUUCAAGGUAGCCUGAUGCUAAAGUUUUAGCUUUUUAAAAACGCUUACCAUGGUGGUUUUAUUACUGCAUACAUUUCCUAAGGAAUUUAAUAGUUAUGUAAGUUUAGUUAACUUUUUUAGAUUCAGUAAAAUAUUUCUAUGAACUGGCAAUAAAUGCCUACAGCCAAUACAGAUUCAGAAUGCCUCAUGGACACUGGAACUAGUUAUUUCUAUUACUUGAACAAAUUAACAUCUAUUUUAAAACUCUGGGAAACAAAUUUUUCUAUAGCAAUAAUUAGUUGUCACUAGGUGCAUAGUUGCUGUGCAUUUUAGUCAUGUUUAAAUGUUGAGAGACUUGAAUACACAUUUUAAAGCAACAAGUGUGUAUAAAUGCAAUAUUAAAAAAACCUUGCAAAAUUUUUAUCCUCUUUAUUUGCAUAUGUUAAAAUCUGUAUUGGCAGGCACUGCCUUGCUGAAGUUUUUAUACUUUUAGUAUGAAGGGGUUGCAUCCAAUACAUUCACUAGGUAAGCGUUUAAUGAAAACGAAACAGUCUGUUUAAAUGUGAUGGUGCUGGUCGUGAUCUUUCUCACUGAAACCCAGACAUGCACAAAAAGCUGUGUAUUUGUGGUGGGUGAUGCUUGUACUCAAAACAUGCAACCUUUACUAGAAGAUUGCUGUUUAACAAUGUUUUCAUGUUCAUGUUGCAUUGUGUAUGGUUUCAAUAUGCCAUGUUAUGUUUGAAUUGUUCCUUCUAUUUUUUCUCCUAUUAAAGUAUUUUAUUUUC